AUGACGAUCCCCUCAGUCUCCUGCCCCUCCCUCCACCCCACCGUUACAGACCCCUCCCUCCACCCCACCGUUACAGGCCCCUCCCUCCACCCCACCGUUACAGGCCCCUCCCUCCACCCCACCGUUACAGGCCCCUACCUCCACCCCACCGCUACAGGCCCCUACCGCCACCCCACCGCUACAGGCCCCUCCCUCCACCCCACCGCUACAGGCCCCUCCCUCCACCCCACCGCUACAGGCCCCUACCUCCACCCCACCGCUACAGGCCCCUACCGCCACCCCACCGCUACAGGCCCCUCCCUCCACCCCACCAGGCCCCUCCCUACAGGCCCCUCCCUCCACCCCACCGUUACAGGCCCCUCCCUCCACCCCACCGUUACAGGCCCCUACCUCCACCCCACCGCUACAGGCCCCUCCCUCCACCCCACCGCUACAGGCCCCUCCCUCCACCGCUACAGGCCCCUCCCUCCACCCCACCGCUACAGGCCCCUCCCUCCACCCCACCGUUACAGGCCCCUCCCUCCACCGCUACAGGCCCCUCCCUCCACCCCACCGCUACAGGCCCCUCCCUCCACUGCUACAGGCCCCUCCCUCCAACGCUACAGGCCCCUCCCCUCCACCCCACCGUUACAGGCCCCCCCUCCACCGUUACAGGCCCCUCCCUCCAGGCCCCUCCCCCACCGCUACAGGCCCCUCCCUCCACCGCUACAGGCCCCUCCCUCCACCCCACCGCUACAGGCCCCUCCCUCCACCCCACCGCUACAGGCCCCUCCCUCCACCCCACCGUUACAUGCCCCUCCCUCCAUCCCACCGCUACAGGCCCCUCCCUCCACCCCACCGCUACAGGCCCCUCCCUCCACCCCACCGUUACAGGCCCCUCCCUCCACCCCACCGCUACAGGCCCCUCCCUCCACCCCACUGCUACAGGCCCCUCCACUGCUACAGGCCCCUCCCUCUACCCCACCGCUACAGGCCCCUCCUCCACCCCACCGCUACAGGCCCCUCCCUCCACCCCACCGCUACAGGCCCCUCCCUCCACCGCUACAGGCCCCCCUCCCCCACCGCUACAGGCCCCUCCCUCCACCCCACCGCUACAGGCCCCUCCCUCCAGGCCCCUCCCCCACUGCUACAGGCCCCUCCACCCCACUGCUACAGGCCCCUCCACCCACUGCUACAGGCCCCUCCACUGCCAGGCCCCUCCACUCCACUGCUACAGGCCCCUCCACUCCACUGCUACAGGCCCUCCACUCCACUGCUACAGGCCACUCCACUCCACUGCUACAGGCCACUCCACUCCACUGCUACAGGCCACUCCACUCCACUGCUACAGGCCACUCCACUCCACUGCUACAGGCUACCCCACUGCUACAGGCCACUCCACUCCACUGCUACAGGCCCCUCCACUCCACUGCUACAGGCCCCUCCACUCCACUGCUACAGGCCCCUCCACUCCACUGCUACAGGCCCCUCCACUCCACUGCUACAGGCCCCUCCCUCCACUGCUACAGGCCACUCCACUCCACUGCUACAGGCCCCUCCACUCCACUGCUACAGGCCCCUCCACUCCACUGCUACAGGCCCCUCCUCCCACAGGCCCCUCCCUCCCUGCCAGGCCCCUCCCCCACCCCCCGCUACAGGCCCCUCCCUCCACCCCACCCAACUAUCGCUGUGAUAUAG